CCUUCAGCCGCAGCAGCCUUCUCAGCCUCGCCGCACUCAAGAUGAACGACGACAUCUCUGACCCCCACGGAACGGUCUCGCCGCCUUGCGAACUUACGCAGAAGCAUCUACAAAAUCACAACGUCCACUGCAGCCCCGACCGCGCGCCGCAUCAUGGAUGGCCUUUCCGGGGCGGCAAGCGUGAUAGCCGUCGUCGACAUAUCCGCCAAAGUCGCGUCGAUCUGCUUCCAGUACUCAGUCGGUGUCAAGGACGCAAAGAGGGACAUCGGACGCCUCCAACAAAAGGUGACGGAUAUCAAGAAUGUUCUUGAGAAGCUUCGACAGCUUUUAGACCAGCAGGAUGAGUCGCAGCUCUCCACAACACGUACCUUAGCGCAAGCCAAGCAGUCGCCUACUGCCUCCUUACCAGGCUCGCUUCAAAGAUGUUUUCAGGAGCUGACGGAACUCGAGGCUACCCUGCAAGCCAAACUCGAGCCCAGCGGACGCCGAAAAGCGCUGCGUCAAUUCGGCUUCCGAGCCUUGAGAUGGCCAUUGACGAGCAAGGAGGUGGAGAAGACGGUUCAGAAUCUUGAGAAGUAUGGGCACACUUUUAGCCUUGCGCUUCAAGUUGAUCAGAUGGGUCUAAUCCACGACUCUGACAAGAAGCUAGAUCAGGUGAAUCAAAAGCUGGACUUAACCAAGCUACCUACCGCUAAUGGAGCAUCCUACAACUCCUACACGAAAGACAAGAACACACAAUGCCUACCAAACACCCGCAUCGAGCUGCUAGACGAGAUCACAAUAUGGGCGAACAACAAGGAUGGCAAAUCUAUAUUCUGGCUGAGCGGCAUGGCUGGGACAGGGAAGUCUACAAUAGCGCGGACGGUUGCUCAGUUGUUCGCCGACCGCAAACAACUAGGAGCGAGCUUCUUCUUUAAGAAAGGUGAAGGCGAGCGCGCCAACGCCUCACGCUUCUUCACCACAAUCGCUACCGACCUAUUAGCCUACGAGCCAGGCGUGGUACCCGGGAUAAGGAAGGUGCUCGACGAGGACCCGAAAAUUGCGGAUAAGACUCUAAAAGUCCAGUUCGAGAAGCUGAUCCUACAGCCACUCUUAGAAAUAAAGCAGACUCAGUCGCCAGUCUUGGCUCGUGUUGUCGUGAUAGAUGCGCUGGAUGAAUGUGAGCGAGAAGCAGACACUCUAGCGAUCCUUCAGCUGCUUGCUCGGACGAAAGACAUCCAUCCGGUGCCUUUACGGAUCGUGGUGACUAGCCGGCCAGAGCUCCACAUUCGCCUUGGUUUCAGGGAGAUGCCAAACGGCACAUACCAAGACCUAGUACUCCACGAAGUACCAAGGCGCACGAUUGAACGCGACAUACGCCUCUUCCUGGUGCAUGAGCUCGAUACAAUACGAAAGAAGCACAUGCUGUCUACAGACUGGCCAGCGCCACACCAGAUUCAAGGUUUAGUGGAGCUAGCUGUUCCGCUAUUUAUCUACGCUGCUACUGUAUGUCGAUAUGUAGGCGCAGACUCAAGUGAUCCUGAAGAGUACUUAAUUAAUGUCUUACAACAUCCAAAGUUCGUCUUUUCACCACUCGAUCAACUAUAUACUCUAGUAUUAAACCAAUUGCUUGUGGGGAAAGAGGAAUGGGACAAAGAACCAUGGCUUCGGGUGUUUUGUGAAGUCGUAGGGAGCAUAGUCAUCUUAGAGAGCCCUCUCUCUAUUAGAUCUCUCGCACACCUUCUUCAAGUACGACAGACGAAAGUGCAACAUCAGCUAAAAGGCUUGCACUCAGUUCUUAGUGUUCCUGAGAGCAAAGAUGCUCCUAUUAGGCUGCUGCAUUUGUCCUUUCGCGAGUUCCUUGUUGACCCUCGAAAACAGGGACAGAGCCCGUUCUGGGUGGAUGAAAGAGCAAGACACGAGAGGUUAGCGUCUUAUUGCCUUCAACUCAUGUCUAGUACAAACGGCCUACGACAGAACAUAUGCGACUUACAGCCUGGGACUUUAAGAAGCGAGGUUGAUGAAGGAAGGAUUACAAGCCAUCUGUCGCCUGAAUUGCAGUACGCUUGCCAUUACUGGGUGUAUCACCUAAAGCAGAGUCAGCGCCAUAUUAACAACCAGGACUCUACAGAUACGUUUGUCCGGAAACACUUCCUUCACUGGCUUGAAGCAAUGAGUCUAGUCGGGGAUACAAAUCAAUGUGCUUACUUACUAGAAAUACUUUGUACGCUGGUUAAUUCAUCGAAUAGUGCUCUCUCUCAGUUCCUCCAAGACGCUCAACGAUUCACGCUUCAAUUCCAACAUAUAUCCCAACAUGCUCCUCUACAAAUAUAUUCCUCAGCUCUUAUCUUUGCCCCUGAGGCGAGUAUAAUACAGAAAGCUUUCAUAGACGAAAUGUCAGAGUGGGUUAAGGUACUCUCAAAGAGGGAAUACGACUGGGAUGCUUGCCGCAGCGUGCUCGAGGGCCAUACCAACUGCGUCAACGCCGUCGCCUUCUCGCCCGACGGCCAGCUGGUCGCGUCGGCCUCUUNGGACAACACAGUGCGGGUGUGGGAGGCGGCGACGGGAUCGUGCCGCAGCGUGCUCGAGGGCCAUACUGAAGGGGUCAACGCCGUCGCCUUCUCGCCGGACGGCCAGUAUAUUCAAACAAAUCUAGGAGAUAUUCCUUUACAUUCUCCUUCCAACCCACCACCCUUAUCCCAAAGAGAGCAGAUGUCUCAUAUCUUCAUACAACACCAGUGGAUCACUCUAGAUCAACAGCGGUUACUAUGGCUUCCUCCUAAAUAUCGACCAACUUGCUCUAUAGUUAAAAAAGACUUGGCCUGUUUAGGCCAUUUCUCAGGUCGUAUUACACUUCUUAAAUUUUGCUGCAAGAUUGAAAUGUAACUUAGAGUUGAAUGAAUCUUAGGGCGUUGGAUCAUUCAUAUCAUUGUAAUAUCUUCUAAUAUAUUUAUUAUUCUCUCUAUUUCAUAGAGGUCCGG